CGGAAAAACCCGUUUCUCUGUCAAGAUGUAGCAAUUGCGCCGCUUGUGUGAAAGCGAGCCAAAAAGCGUUUGUUUGAUAUCAGCUCUCUGAGAAACGUGUCUCUUUGACAGCUACGGAUAAUGUACAUUGGAUCUUUAUUAUAUACACUAAGGCGAAUUCGUACUGUGGACAUUUUCAACGCCACCGGCUACCAGUAGUGUUGUGGAAACGAUUUUAAGUGAAACUGGACUGGUGCAAAUUAGGAGUGUGUGGCUUUCCUUCCUUUGCCAACAGUGGGCUUUGCAUGCUUGUUCCUCACCAGCGAUUCCUCAUGCUUGAUGAAACGUGGACCCUAUAUCUUAAAGGAUGGGUAAUGUGUACCUGAAAAGACUUGCGUGUCGUCAUCAUCAGAACCCUUCAUUUUGCUGCACCCUUGAGUUCUUUUACAAAGAACAGUUUCCUUCAUACAGUCCUAGUCUCUGCAGUAAACAUACACAGACCAUAUUCAAGCAAUAAAGAAGACCGUCAAGUAAAGGCUGUGGGACUGUCUUUUUUUUUUUUUUUUUUUUUUUUAAUCACAGAUAUUGCACGUAUAACCCUAUAUGGCAGACCUGGAGGGAUUGCUAUUUUAAGGCUCCAGUUAUUGUACCCCCUUACUUUUAGUGUGGGUGGUGGGAUGUCGGAGAAGCCAGACGACAAAAUGGUGAAGUUCCUGGCUCCCCCUCAGAAGAGUGGAAAUGGCCCUACCUCUGGUUCUGAUUCAAUGGUGGGCGAAUGUCGACCAAGUGAAGUGAGACGCCGACAUCACACCAUGGAGCGUGAUCGGUGUAACCCCGAACACCGCUUCUUCCGCCGCAGUGUCAUCAGUGAUUCCAAUGCUACAGCAUUAGCCCUACCCUUACCCACAAAGAUUCCUGUCCCCACACUGCAACAGGUUCAGCCACAAGAGGCUGUCCACAAGUGGCAACAGGCUGCUGCUGCUGCUAAACCUCCACUGCCUGAACAAAGUUUAGUACAAAAUGAAGAGGUUGCUCAUGGCAGAGGAGGCGAAGAAAAAUGUAUAGAAAUAGCCAAGGUGGAAAUUGUGCCUUCAGAGCAGGAGCCUGCUAUUGCACACGAUAGCUGUGAUGGAGAGAGGGUGGUAACAGCCCACUCUGCAGCAAACUUAGGAACUGGGUUGCCAAGUCAAGCACAGCCUGAAAUCACCUUUGAGGUGAAGGUAUUCCGCGAUGAAGAGGGGGAAGAGGAAAGCAAGGAUUCUGCCAAGGCACGAGCAGAGGCAGAGCAAAGAGAAGCAGAGAAGAAGGUGCAGGAGGACAUUGAAGAGGCAGAGACUAAAGCAGUAGGAACAUCGCCAGACGGACGUUUCUUAAAGUUUGAUAUUGAAAUUGGACGUGGUUCCUUCAAGACAGUUUACAAAGGAUUGGACACUGAGACCACGGUGGAGGUGGCUUGGUGUGAGCUUCAGGAUCGUAAACUGUCAAAGACGGAGCGGCAGCGCUUCAAGGAGGAAGCAGGGAUGUUGAAGGGGCUGCAGCAUCCCAACAUUGUCAGAUUUUAUGACUCCUGGGAAGGACCCUCCAAAGGCAGGAAGUGCAUUGUACUUGUCACAGAACUUAUGACAUCUGGUACACUCAAAACAUAUCUGAAGCGUUUCAAGGUGAUGAAAAUUAAAGUGCUCCGUAGCUGGUGUCGACAGAUUCUCAAAGGGCUCCAUUUCCUUCAUACCCGGGCGCCACCCAUCAUCCACAGGGACCUUAAAUGUGACAACAUUUUCAUCACGGGCCCAACAGGAUCUGUCAAGAUCGGAGACCUGGGACUUGCCACACUGAAACGCGCAUCGUUUGCCAAGAGUGUCAUAGGUACCCCUGAGUUCAUGGCGCCUGAGAUGUAUGAGGAGAAGUACGACGAGUCAGUGGAUGUGUAUGCCUUUGGAAUGUGCAUGCUGGAGAUGGCCACCUCAGAGUACCCUUACUCAGAGUGCCAGAAUGCUGCACAGAUCUACCGCAGAGUUACCAGCGGGGUGAAGCCGGGCAGCUUCAACAAGGUGGCUAUCCCAGAAGUAAAGGAGAUCAUCGAGGGAUGCAUUCGCCAGAACAAGGAUGAACGGUACUCAAUCAAGGACCUUCUGAACCACGCGUUUUUCCAGGAGGAGACAGGGGUGCGUGUGGAGUUAGCAGAAGAAGAUGAUGGAGAGAUGGAGGCUAUUAAGCUGUGGCUGAGAAUAGAGGAUAUAAAGAAACUCAAGGGGAAGUACAAAGACAAUGAAGCUAUUGAGUUUUCUUUUGACCUCAACAAAGACGUCCCAGAGGAUGUGGCUCAGGAAAUGGUUGAUUCUGGUUAUGUUUGUGAGGGUGAUCACAAGACUAUUGCGAAAGCUAUAAAGGACAGAGUGUCCCUAAUCAGCCGUAAGAGAGCACAGCGUCAGCAGGUCAGAGAAGAUCAGGAAAAGAGAAUGUUAGAAGAAGAUCUGCAGAAUCAGUCCCUACCAGCACAGCAGCCAGGCCAGCAGUCCAGCACAGAGAUGCCUCUGUCCCAGCCAUUGCCGGAGCCCGCAUCUUACAUUCCUCCUCAAGCAAACCAACCAAACUCACAGCUGUCUGUCCAAGCUACGCCUCAGCAGAGCCUUCAGGGCUCAACCACCACUCAGUUGACCCAACUGACGGGCACGCUACAGGGGGCGGCUUAUGUACCCCAGUCAGCUGGGCAAGUUCCAGUCCAGGCUCAGAGUGUGGUCACUAACCAAGUCGAGACAGAGGAGCCUGAGGCAGACAAACAGCUACAGCACACUGGAGGCAGUGGUCAUAUUGGGGACAGACCCCCUGCUUCCUGCAUCCCUCCCGAGGCCCAACCUGUUAUAUACAGCACCCCUCCCACUCAGCACCUUCAGCCCCAUGUGUCGUGCCCACAGACACAAAAUGACCAAACACAGCAGCAGCAGUUAUCAGCGGGUCAACCCCAGUUGCAAAGUGUUCCUUCUGAAGUCGUUCCUGUUGUACCAGCCAGUCAGUCUGUUCCAGUGACACCUCCACAGUACGGCGUUUACUACCAACCAUCGCUUCCCCCUCAGAUUCCUACUCAGCAAGUGAUGAUCCCUCCAUCCUCUCAGCAGUCUCCCCCCCAACAGCAGCAACAUUUAGAAGGGAGCACCGCUUUGCAGGGCUCUGCUGCACCACAGGCCCAGCCUGGAGCUCAGCAGCUACAGUCUUGGGCCAAUGAGCCAAGUCCUCCUAUCUUGUCUCCUCCACUCAACGCAGAGCACCUAUACUUCCUCUAUCAGGCCUCAUGCCUCUCUAUUAUGCAGACUCCUAUGAGUGUUUGUCAGCCGACACCAUUGGAGCAACCAGCUGGAUCUUCUGUUAUGGUGCCUCAGUCUGUAGAAAGCUGCCCAUCAGAUGCAGCAUCAGGUCUUAGUGACGGUAAUGAAGGCGGUUCUAUGUCAGGAGGUCGUCACGAGGGCCGCUCCAUGAAGCGUCACCAGCGACGAUCCGUACGCAGCCGCUCCCGCCAUGAGAAGACCACAAAGGCCAAACUGAAUGUCCUCAGUAUUUCUAAUGUGGGGGACAGAGUAGCAGAGUGCCAGCUAGAAACACACAACAGGAAGAUGGUGACCUUUAAGUUUGAUCUAGAUGGUGAUAAUCCAGAGGAGAUUGCACAGAUCAUGGUUGAGAGUGAGUUCAUCCUAGAGAACGAGCGAGAGUCUUUCAUCGAUCAGGUCCGUGAAGUCAUAGAAAUGGCUGAUGAGAAAGGAGAGGGAAGGAAAGAAGGCUUUCCUCAGAUGAGUGAUCUUCAACAACAGCCUGAGUUGUCUGCCCCCUUGAUGCAAGGGUUUUCCUCCAGUACAACAACCCAGGUGGUACAUUCAGCAGGACGAAAGUUCAUUGUCAGCCCAGUACCAGAGUCGCGUCUAAAAGAACAGUUUUUUGGAGUUUCUUCUGCUAAUACCUCCUUUGGAGAUGACCUGCCUUCAGCUCCCUCUAUGACAUUGGGCCUUUCACUGUCUGCUCCGUCUGGGACUCUGCAGCAGGCUUUCAGUCAGAUAAGACAGACUCGUGAAGAGACAAGCACCACACUUCCCACUGGUGCAGAGCACGAACCAAGAACUGUCCAAUCCACUGAUCCUGAAGUUGGAUCAAACUCCAUAAACAUUGUCGCUUCUGUAGAAACUCUAGCUUCUACCACUUGUGCGACUUAUCCUGUUGUGUCCCCCGGUUCUGUUUCAACAUCCUUGUCACCAACAUCAACUGGGAGGAUCUCCCCUCAGACUAUAUCCAAUCAGGCUCCAGCUUCAGCUAAUGAUCCCAAUCCACCUCUUCAGUCUUCCCAUGAAACAACCCCAUCCCAGCUUCCACCAGCUGCUAUAAUCCCUCCCUCCUCUUCAAACAUUUCUCCACCAUUCGCACAGACUCCUGUCCCUGCAGUACCUGGACCUCAGCUGAGCAAUUCUGUCCCUGGCUCUUCUGUUGGUAUUACAUCCACCUCUGUGGGCACCAUCCCUGCUCCAGACCAGCAGCCUUUUAAUAGUGCUGCUUCAUCUUCUCAGCCUAUAACUUCAUCCAUCCAUGCACCACAGCCCACAACCUCCCAGACUCAACCUGUUCCUAUUUCCACUCAGUCCCCUCCUAGUCAAAGCCAGGUUCAGCCACAGCCUGUUGAGUUGGAGGGUGCUGACCUCCAGAAUAAAACAGGUGGCAGAGAUGAUAUUCAAACACUAGACAAGAAGCUACGGUCCCUCUUCAAAGAUCCAAGCUCCUCAGCAUCAGUGGAUCCCAGUCCCACCACAGGGACCUCCUCUCCUCCUACUGGGACUUCUUCUCCUCCACCUGGAGUUGCCCUAGUUCCCCCAUCAAACCUUCCCCUCAACUCUGGUGUACAAGGUGUUCUAGGCUCCACAACCACACCAGGACAGGUUGUUACCCCAGGAGGUCAUGCACAGACACCACCAUCUAAGCCCAGGGCACAGACUUUACCUUCUGGUCUUGACCAAACUGCUACACCAAACUCUGACCCGGUUCCGUUUCCUGGACCAAAUCAGUCACAGCAGCCUCUGGGUAAUUUAGAUGCUCAGUUGAAAAGAGCGCUCAGCCCCGAAACUGUUCAGGGCGUCCAGCCGCCGGCAACAGGUUUCACUCUGGGACGUUUCCAGGUGUCUGUCGCCUCUGAGGAUGCGUCCAGCACCGUUACACAACCUGCCAGCAUUGUGUCCUCCUCCUCCUCCUCUACCUCUUCCUCCUCCUCAUCGUCAUCCUCCUCCUCAAGUCCAGAAAAUACCCUCCACCGCUCAACACGAUUGUCCAAAGGGGUUUGCGAAUUAGAUGCUGUAAAUGGAGCUUCAUCUCACUCUACUAGUUCGACCAGUAAUUCGACCACUAUUGGGCGUUUCCAAGUGUCUACAAGCAACAAUGCCACAUCUGGGCAAACUACUGCUUCUAAAGUGGGACGAUUUUCAGUCACAGUGACACAAUCUCCAGCAGCAGGCUCUGGUGUGCAGAAUGGGCCGGCAUCAACAUGUGAUCUGCACAACACGCAUUUACAUGACAGUACUGACAAUGAUGAGGAUUCUGGGACUGAUGACGAAGCUUUACAGAAAGAAAUUAGCCGUCUAAGAGAAAAACAUAUGAAGGAGAUUCAGACCUUGCAGACCCGUCAGAAAGAGGAGAUAACAGCCCUUUUCACACGUAUGGGCAAACAUCCUCCUCCUUCUGUCUUCUCCCCUGCUGUGACUGGAGGACGGCGUAGGGUAAAAAGCAAAAGCCACAAAUCUGCCCGCAGUAGUGGACAACCCAGCCCCAUACACUCAGGAUCGCCAGCUCAAAUCUUCCAUGACUCUGAGUCCCCCCCAAAGCCAAGUUCUCCCUCACAGCUCACAUCCUCUCCGUCCAUGCCCAGCCUAAGCAGUUGCUCCUCAGCAUCAAGUGGGACUAUCUCCACAAACAGUUCAGGCCACUGCCAGAACCAUUCUACGUCCUUGACCCAGGGGACUGGACCUUCUCCCCCUACGUCUCAUACCCAGAAGGGCAAGGGGACCUUCACUGAUGACUUUCACCAGCUGGUAGAUAACUGGGCCAGAGACGCCAUCAGCCUGUCCCAGUGUAAAAGGGGCCCUAAAACUGGAGCACAGCCAGCGCUGGGCCAUGAUAUUAUUCCUCCGGCAAAUGUUGGCCGUAAGUUCUCAGCUCCAGGCUACCUCUGCCCAGCGCUUCCUACUCCCUCCAAUGCCACAUCCACCACCAACUCUCUCCUCCCCAACCCAGUGAAUUCAUCUGUUCCUCUGGGACCUCGUAAAGGCUCCCUGGGCCCAGUUCCUCAGGCCUUUGGAUAUGGCUCAGCCCCCUACAGUGCCUCUCAGUGGGCAGGACCCGCAGGCACAUGCCAGGUCAACAUGCUUAACCCCACACAGCCACUUGCACAGUACCAGCCACCUACGACAGCCUCGGUAUCCCUGCACCAGGGGUACCACAUGGGAAAUCCAGCCCCCCAAAAAUCCAUCAGCCCCGGAGGAUCCAACCUGAGGCCUACGUAGCCAAGUCCUAACCCUGCUCUGGGUUGAGCGGGCUUGGUUUUUGUGCUUUUUAUUUUUUAUUUCACCUUAAUCAUUGUGUUCUGGGUUGGCUUGGGUGAGUCAAGUUCUCUUAGGUAGAAUAGAAUCUGCCUGACAGUUAGAGGGAGCGUGCAAUACACAUCCGCAGCACACAAGUCUCAUACUUUGCCUGCCAUUUGCUGUGGAAUUCGAGCUGUGACGAGUGAGUUGGUUGUUUCAGGUCUAACAAACUGAAACGUAACCAAAGGCAGCCAAAGAUGUCUUCUGAGAGUCAAUGUUGCAAUGUUGCCAUUCCUUUUGAAGAAGGAAUAAUGGACUAAAUUGAGGAGGAAGGUCGUGGUUUACAUUAUUACUGGUCCUUACGUAAACUGAACUGGGAGUGAAAACCGAAGUGAUGUAUCACAUUAGACACACACCUGAAUAGCAUUAACCUGGUUAAGUGGCCUGGGAUCGUAGGUUUGAUUGAUUGACUGACAGAGAGAGAGAGGAGGUGAGUUUGCAGGAAGUAAUAGUGGGGCAGUGAAGCAAGACCUGUGGAGUUAGUAGAAGAAAGACAUAGUACGUUAUGUAAGAUUGUAAUGGAGAGGGUUGGAAUAUGAAUAUGCCCCAGUGGCUAUUAAGUAAAAUGCAAUAAUGGCAAAGAGUAGAUCAAUUGUGGCCUUAAAAGUUUGACCUUGUACAUAGAUAUUCCUACACUGGGUUAUAAUCCAUGUUCAGCAUAUUUAUGUCCUCGUGAUGUCUUUGUGAAUUGGUUUGUCUGUCUCGUACAGAUUUCUUAUACUGAUUUAUUCGUCACUUCUGACACACAAGCCAGUGGAUCUGCCACAUAAAAAAAGAAUUGUCCUGGUGUUGACCACCAUUCAGCAUCUGAAACUGAAGAGGUGAUGCUGCUGUAGACCAGUCUGCUUAGAGGAUAAUUGUUUUUGUUUUUUGUUGUUUUUUUUUGUUUUUUUAAACAAGAAUGAAAUCUUAUGAAUCCCAAGUUUGCGCAUGGAACCACAUAAAGCAGCUUCAUAUGAGCAGCUCAAAAUCUGCUUCAUACUAAAAUUGGACCAGUUUAGUUUAAUUGCUUAGUGUUUGUGGAAGGUUCCGCACGUAGCCAUCCCACUUCUCCAGCUGUUUACGCAAAUGAUACAUAGACGAACAGGUUAUCAGUAAAGUUGUCACAUUUUAAUAUCUCCACUUAUGACAUUUAGCGUCCACUUCUCAAAUCUCAAGUGUCUGGGGUUCUCUUUCUGUGGUUUGUUUUUGUACGCCUAUAUUUAAUGAAACAAAUGUUCUUUAUGGACCUGUAUUCAGCCAUCAGAUUUUGAUGUUGUUUCACUGUAAUUAUUAUUAAAGGUUGUUAAACAACAUGUAGUUAAAGGAAUAUAAAAGUGCAAUUGCAGGGUUGUUAUUAAUGUCCUACUCACCGUGUAGGAGUAAUCCUGUGGUUUAUUACGCUCUUCUAUAUAUUACUGCCCUGUCUGCCCUUUUUCUAUUUUAUUGUAGGUAUGAUCUUGAGGUAAAUGCUUUCAUGCAAUGCUCCGUCACUAGAGUAUGCUUGUGGUGACCCACUCUACAUGCACAUGCACUCUAACCUAUAAACACGAGGAACACUUUAGUGCCUUGCAUCCUCACUAAUGACAAGUUCCAGAUUCAUGUAGUGCUGUAGCUGUGACUGUACUGCAGAUAACCAGUCGACUCGAGCUGUACACGUGACCACCAACUAGAACGCACACGACUGCAGAACAAAGAGCACACAGAUGCAGAAACGGUUUCUUUAAUCUCUGGUUACAUUUGUGUUGGCUGUGUAAUCAGCUGCGUAUUUAUAUUGGACUCAUGCGUACAUGUUUUGGGCUGCCGUUUGUUUUAUGCGGACUUAUCAUUUAACAGUCUGAGAAAAGCACUUCAGAUAGCGAGCGAGCUGUUUAAAGUUGACCUGCUCUCACGCUCGCUCAGCUUUGGUCCCACCGCCUCACGAGUGCCAUGUGUCAUUGUGACUUUCGCCUGCUUGUAGAUUGGAUGAAUAGUUAAACUUCUCUAGAGAAAAAAAUAAGUUACUGCAAUGCAGAAUAUGCAAUGUUUAAAGUUUUAUAGGGACUGAGGGUAAUGAAAACAUGUGCAUGCUGAUGAGGGUUGUUACUGACUUCAGUGUUUUUGAUAUCACAAUAUUAGAAAUCUUUUUUUAUUACAUGCCUUCCUGCAAGUCAUCACAAAGUGUUCAUCUGUUUAAUUGCCAUACAUCAAUAUCACUGCAUCAGCAUAAGGUUUCUGCAUGCUGGCUACACUGGUGUUUAAUCUUACAAAUGACAACCGACUCACAACUGGCCACUGUACAGCACAAGUUCACAGUAGAGCGUAAGAUUUAUGUGCUUCUACACUAUUAUCAGUAAUUGUCACAGCUCUACUCAGUUGGAGGCUACUGAUGCUGUAAUAUCUGUUGAACUUUAUUUAUGAUCCCUCCUUGACUUCCUGUGAUUCGGUGUCUUGUGUAUGUUUUUCACGUUGUACAAAAUGUAAAAAAAUAAAGAAAUAUUCCAAAGCA